AACAGCUGUUUUUUUUAAACGGGAAGAGGAAGCGAACCGUGGUCUGCCAAAGUCAGGGAAUUAUAGACAAAUUUCAUCAUAAAGACUGUUUAUCGUAGUUUUUAGUAUACAUAAAGGGUCGGCUUGUCAUUAUACUGUUAAUCUAUGGCGCACGCCACACCGCAGGGCUUAAAGCUGUUGAACGGCUGGAGACGUCCAGGUCGCUUUGACAAGGGUCUGGGAGCCCAACUCCCCGAUGCCUAUAAGAAGUUUUGGCGAGAAUGGAAGCUAACGAAGCCAGCCGCUGUUCAUUAUAUACCCAAGGAGAGCGAGUGGGAGCGCGACGAGGUCACAAAUGUCAUUAAGCCGGUGCAAAAUAUCCCUUUGCCGCUCAUUGAUACCCCUGAAUCGCACCAAGGGAUCUGGGGUGGCGAGGCCGUGAUCAAGGGCUUCCAGAAGCGUCAGCAGACGAAGCGGCGCGUUCCACACUUUUGGGUGCCGCAGCUCCGUCGCUCCGUAGUACACAGCCAGGUGCUGAACGAGUACAUUUCCGUAACUGUUACGGAGCGCACGCUGGAGCAGAUUCAUGAAUGCCAUGGCUUUGAUCAUUAUCUGCUCAAAAAUUUGGCCUGCGACCUGCGUUCGGCAUUGGCCCUAAAACUGAAGCGUCAACUCCUGUUGGCACUUCACGCAGGCUGUCCCGCAUUGGCAGACGAGCCUCAGCGCCAGCAGGAGGUCCUUAAGGAAUACAGUCGGUACUUGGAGCCAUAUACACCUGAGGAAAUCGAUUGGUAUGGUCACACAUACCUGGAGGCCAUACGUAAGCUCCAGCAGCAGCUGCGCGAUGCGGAAAAGGUACAGCCGCACAAGGUGGAGUUUCGUAGUAAAUUGAUUGAACAGCUCAGGGAAGCGGGCAUCAGAGAAGCGGGCAAACUGGAAAGAACAGAUGUACCGGCAGCUCCUACCGAGCACAAGGAUGCGGAUAUUGAAGCAUUAACCAAGCUGGAAUCUACGCCCUCGUCCUCCAAUUGGCUGUCGAAGAUCAAUCCUUUUGGCAAGAAGGAGACCUAAGGCCGUCCACACUGUUUGUUUUUGAUCUGUGCUUAACUUGGAAAGAAUAAAACUUAUUUUGGGGGUGUCCGUAGUCAAAA